AUGGCCAGAGGACGGGGGCGGUGUUUUCCGGCUGCUGGCUGCCUUGCCGGGCGUCCCACCUGUGUCCCCACAGCCCUGUCACGAAUCCCGGUCGGGUUCUGGGCAGAACCGCCACGGUGUAGCGGGCCGGCUGCUUCUCGGCGGUGGAGGACCCUCGCUCGGUGUUCCAUCCGGGGUGGGCCCGGGGGCGGUUUUAAACCAGAGAGAUGACAUGUAUUCCCAGUACAUUCUAAGUGGCCAGUAGCAAUGUCUGUAAAUGCAUCAGUGUUCCCAGGAAAAGUGUUUGUGUGUUCUAGUAGUACCAGGUGCUGCGACAGGAACUGAUGACCCUCAAUGAUGUGGCUGGGGACUUCAGGGACAAGUGGGUUACCUGGACACUGUUUAGAGAGUCCUCUUCAGGGAUACCACCCAGCACAGAUACAAGAAUGGGCUCUCAAAGGGAUUUCGAAACCAAGUGUAACCUCCCAGCUGGAGCAGAAAGAAGAGGCAUGGGUCCUACCACUGCAAAAUUUUGAGGCAAGGAAGAUCCUGAGGGAAAGUCACACAGAAUUUAAGAAUCAGGUGGUACAAUUCGAUCAGGACGUUUCCGAAACGGCAGAACCAUGUGGAACAUCCUUAGAAGGGGCCAAUAAAGAUAUUUCUCCUCCUCCUAGUUGGGGAGGAAACUGGGAGAGGGGUCUUGAGUUAGAAGGGCAGCAUGGAACCCUCCUGGGAGAGGGUCAGCAGGGGCCCUUUUCACAGGAGAAGGAAUUAAACAAGCUCCUGGAAGGAUAUAUAGGAAAGAAGCUGGUGUGUGCGGAAUGUGGGAAAAGCUUUAACCAGAGCUCCUAUCUCAUAAGGCACCGAAGAACCCAUACUGGCGAGAGGCCCUAUAAGUGCAUGGAGUGCGGGAAAGGCUUCAAACAGAGUUCAGACCUCGUCACCCACCGCAGAACACACACAGGAGAGAAACCCUACCAGUGCCACAGGUGUGAGAAGAAAUUCAGCGACAGCUCGACCCUCAUCAAACAUCAGAGAACCCACACGGGCGAGAGACCCCACCAGUGCCCCGAGUGUGGGAAGACUUUUGCACGGAAACCACACCUCACAGUGCACCAAAGAACCCACACAGGGGAGAAGCCCUACAUGUGCCUCCAGUGUCACAAGAGCUUCAGUCGCAGCUCCAAUUUCAUCACCCACCAGAGGACCCACACGGGAGUGAAGCCCUACGGGUGUCGCGAUUGCGGGGAGAGUUUCAGCCAGAGCUCGGAUCUGAUUAAGCACCAGCGAACCCACACGGGAGAGCGGCCCUUCAAGUGCCCCGAGUGCGGGAAGGGCUUCCGAGAUAGCUCUCAUUUUGUGGCCCACAUGAGCACUCACUCGGGAGAAAGGCCCUUCAGCUGUCCUUACUGCCACAAGAGUUUCAGUCAGAGCUCGCACCUGGUCACGCACCAGAGGACACACACGGGCGAGAGGCCUUUUAAGUGCGACGGCUGUGGGAAGGGCUUUGCCGACAGCUCUGCCUUGGUCAAGCACCAGCGGAUCCACACCGGAGAAAGACCCUAUAAAUGUGGUGAGUGCGGCAAGAGCUUCAACCAGAGCUCCCACUUCAUCACCCACCAGCGGAUCCACUUGGGAGACAGACCCUAUCGCUGCCCUGAGUGUGGCAAAACCUUCAAUCAGCGUUCCCAUUUCCUCACACACCAGAGAACGCACACAGGAGAGAAACCCUUUCACUGCAGUGAAUGCGACAAGAGCUUCCGGCAGAAAGCACACCUUUUGUGCCAUCAGAACACUCACCUGAUGUAGGAAAUAGUCUUAAAUGCUUCUUUUCCUCCCUUCCAAAUUUCCAUCGCUGUUAUCUUUGUUUCUGUUUUUGUCUUGGCUGCGCUGCAAGGCAUGUGGAACCUUAAUUCCCUGUGUGCAUGCUCAGUCGCUCAGUCAUGUCCAA